GUCACAAUACGGGUAGGAAGAAAAUAAAGGGAGUUCAGGUAGUAAUGCUGCCGUUUGACACGUAGGCCAUCGGUUUACGUGUCCAAAGCAUAGCCACGCGCCGUGAUUUCAACAUCCGGUGCACGCGGGCACAAUGGCAGCAGGCACGAGCGCAGGUGCUCCACCUACUAAGCAGCCCAAAGAGUCAGGUGGAGGAAAUGGAGGAGGCCGAGCAGCCACAGACCCACAGGUCAGGAGCCGAAUGCAGCGUCUCUUUGGCUUUGAGAAGGAGGAUCUGUCCUCAUGGCACCGCUUCGUCUGCCUCCUGAAUCGCCCCACUGACCCGGCAUCGCUCGGCAUCUUCCGCUGCCUCUUUGGUAUGCUGAUGGCCAUGGACAUCACGCAGGAACGUGGCCUCAGUCACCUGGACUAUAAAUACCUGGACGGGGCUCCUGUGUGCCGCUUCCCUCUCUUCAACUUCCUGGAGCCUCUGCCUAUGGACUGGAUGUACCUUGUCUAUCUGGUGAUGUUCCUCGGCGCUGUUGGUAUCAUGCUUGGUUGUUUUUACCGCCUCUCCUGCCUCAUGUUCAUCUCCACCUACUGGUACGUUUUCUUCCUGGACAAAACGGCCUGGAACAAUCACUCCUACCUCUACGGGCUCAUCGGCUUCCAGUUCACGCUGAUGGAUGCCAACAGAUACUGGUCAAUCGAUGGACUCCGUAACCCUAGGAAGAGGAACGCCCAUGUGCCGUUGUGGAAUUACACUCUGCUCAGAAUGCAGAUCUUCAUAGUCUACUUCAUCGCUGGGGUGAAGAAGCUGGAUGCUGAUUGGGUGGAGGGUUACUCCAUGAAAUAUCUGGCUCAUCAUUGGCUGUUUGACCCUUUCAGGGUGAUCCUGCCUGUGGAGUUGGUCAGUCUGAUGGUGGUCCAUGGUGGCGGUCUCAUCCUGGAUCUCACGGCUGGUUAUCUGCUGUUUUUCGACGCCACCCGUCCGUACGCCAUGUUCUUCGUCACCUACUUUCACAGCAUGAACUCGCAACUCUUCGAGAUCGGAAUGUUUUCCUACACUAUGCUGGCCACGAGUCCCCUGUUCUGCUACGCUGACUGGCCCAGGCGCUUCUUCAGCCACUUCCCAGAGUUCCUUUGGCCCGUCCUGCCCAUGGUGACUCCGCCUCCUCAACCGAGCGCCUCAUGUCUGUAUCCCAGUCUGUCAAGCAGCUCAACUGAGCGAACAGACACGCAGACAGUCCCUAAACCCACCAAACAGCGCCUCAGACACAAGAUGGCCGCCAUCUUCACCAUUGUGUACAUCGCGGAGCAGUUUUUCAUGCCAUAUUCCCAUUUCAUUACAAAAGGCUACAAUAACUGGACUAACGGGCUGUACGGCUACUCGUGGGACAUGAUGGUCCAUUCUCGUUCCCACCAGCAUGUUAAAAUCACCUACAAAGAUGGAGUAACAGGAGAAAUCGGCUACCUCAACCCGGGGGUUUUCACACAGAGUCGGAGAUGGAAGGAUCACGGAGACAUGCUGAAGCAGUACGCCACCUGCCUGAGCCGCACUCUGCCCCGCUACAACAUCAGCGACCCCCAGAUUUACUUCGACAUCUGGGUGUCCAUUAACGACCGCUUCCAACAGAGGAUAUUUGACCCCCGUGUUGAUAUCGUGAAAGCAGACUGGUCUCCGUUUCGUACCAACCCGUGGCUCAUGCCCCUGCUGGUCGAUUUGUCCCCGUGGAGGAAGAAGUUUGAGGAGAUUGAGGGGACACUGGACAACCAGACUGAGGUGGUCUUUAUAGCUGACUUCCCAGGCCUCCAUCUAGAGAACUACGUGAGCGAGGAUCUGGGGAACACCAGUGUUCAGGUCCUGCAGGGCAACGUGAAGGUGGAGAUAGUGGACGAGAAGAAGAACUACACACUCACUCCAGGAGAAAAGAUGCAGCUUCCUGCUGGAGCAUAUCACAAAGUGUACACUGUGACCGAUAUCCCGUCCUGCUACAUGUACAUCUACGUGAACACCACAGAGGCGGCGCUGCAGAAGAACUUCACCAAGCUUUUGGAGCUUCAGGAGAAAGUCCGCAACGGGACAGAGACAGAGCCUCUGCCCCCAGAGCUGCAGCCGCUUAUAACCGGUCUCGAUGACGAGGGGUCAGAGAUCAACGCCACAGACCCGCUGGUACGGCUCUUCCUCAAGCGCCAGAAACGCAUGCAGGAUGCGAAAAAGCGACGAGAGGCGCCCAUGCUUGAAAGGUUCAACCGAUUCACCACGAAAAAAUACUACAUGAUCCGACGAGGGUUUCUAAUGACGGCCAUUGCGAUGAGAAACCUGGUCUUCGGUUUGCCUCCUCUGGAGCAGCUCAGGAGGGAAGUGGACUACGCCAACAUGAAGGCACCCGAGCCAGACAUCAACCAAAUCGAGCAGCUCAAAAACGAGAUGGGACACGGGGAGCUGUGAUACGAUGCACUGCAGCUACCAAAGGUGUUAGAAGAUCCAAACAUUUGGGAACAUUCCAGAUGAGUCUGUGCAAAGGCUUACGGUUAUAAUAUUGUGUUCAAAUUUCGUUAGCAGAACACAAAUCCAAUCUGGAGUUUGUUUAAUUCCUGCAUUGCUCUUUCAGAAAAUGAAAUCAGGUACAAUGUUACUGAAUUUGAAGUUAAGGACAUCUUAACAUUAAAUUAUCCCCCCCCCCCCCCCCCAACACUAACUGUUACACACUAUGCAAACUAAACCAUGUAUUAUGUCGGGAUAGAUGUAUAAAUCUUAUUGUGCUGCUGUAUUUUUAUCCUUCAAUAAGCUUCCAUGUGGUUUAGCUGGUUUGUUUACACGAGAAAUCCCCUUGAAGCAGUUAAUGUGAGUGUGUGUCAGAUGAUGGAAUAGUGUGAAAAGAAGCAUUGGUGAACAAAUUUUUAAUAUACAAGAUAAUUUUUUUUUUAAUAAAAACAAUGAAGCAUA